GCAUGGGGGAUCCGGGCGCGCGGCGGCACCAUGCCCGGCAAGUCCAAGUACAACCUGGUGGACGACAGGCACGACCUGCGCAUCCCGCUGCACAACGAGGACGCCUUCCAGCACGGCAUCGCCUUCGAGGCCAAGUACAUUGGAAGCCUCGAUGUACCCCGGCCGAACAGCAGGGUAGAGAUUGUGACCGCAAUGCGGAGAAUCAGGUACGAGUUCAAAGCCAAGAACAUCAAGAAGAAGAAAGUUAGUCUCAUGGUCUCAGUGGAUGGCGUGAAGGUUGUUCUGAAGAAGAAAAAGAAGCUUCAUUCCUUGCAGAAAAAAGAGUGGACCUGGGAUGAGAGCAAGAUGUUGGUGAUGCACGAUCCUAUCUACAGGAUAUUCUAUGUGUCACAUGACUCCCAGGACUUGAAGAUCUUCAGCUACAUUGCCAGGGAUGGCUCCAGCAAUAUCUUCAGGUGCAAUGUCUUCAAAUCCAAGAAGAAGAGCCAGGCCAUGCGCAUUGUCCGGACAGUGGGGCAGGCCUUUGAGGUGUGCCACAAGCUGAGCCUGCAGCACACCCAGCAGAAUGCAGAUGGGCAGGAGGAUGGCGACAGUGAGAGGAAUGGUGAUGAUGUGAGCAUCUCAGUCUGCCAUGCAUCUGGAGCUGAGAAGGCAGCUGCUGCUGCAGAGGAGACCGAUAUUGAUGCAGUGGAAAUCCCAGUGAAAGGGAGCGACAUCCUGGAGUUCAGCCGUGGGGUGACGGACCUCGAUGCAGUGGGAAAAGAUGCAAACUCCUAUCUGGAUGCCAAGGGCUCCUUGCACCAGGAGAGCAUCCUGACUGCAUCACCCAAGAUGCUGCUCCCCUCCUCUGCCCAGCUGCCUGACCUGGGGACGCCCCUGUCUGCCCACCACCAGAUGCAGCUUCUCCAGCAGCUCCUACAGCAACAGCAGCAACAGACCCAAGUGGCUGUGGCUCAGGUUCAUUUGCUGAAGGACCAGCUGGCCGCAGAGGCAGCAGCACGGCUAGAAGCCCAGGCUCGAGUGCACCAGCUCCUACUGCAGAACAAGGAUUUGCUGCAGCACAUCUCACUGCUGGUCAAGCAGGUGCAGGAGCUGGAGCUGAAGUUGUCAGGAAGCAACACCAUGGGCUCCCAAGACAGCCUGUUGGAGAUUACCUUCCGCUCCAAUGUUCUGCCUGUGCUCUGUGACCCCAGCACCCCGAAGCCUGAAGACAUUCAUCUGCCGCAGCUGGGCCAUGGCUCUGACUUUUCCGGCACCCUGGGCAGCCCCAUAGUUGACCAAAGCAUGUUUGAGAAUUCCAAUACUGCCCCCACACCAAAGCUGCAGCACAGCAGGUCCAUCUCCAAAGUGUCUCCCAUGCCUCAGCCAGCCCAACCUGCAGCUGCCGAGCCCAGCGGGGCCGGACUGCGAGUGGGAGGGAGCCAGCACCUCAGGAACCUGAGCAAGGCCGUGGGGGCGAAGGUGAAUGACUUCCUCCGCAGAAAGGAGCCUACCAGCUUUGGAGACGUGGGCAUGACAAAGAUCAAUGCCAACGUGGGGGCCGUGCUAGCUGGUGGGACGCAUGCCCAGCUGGAGGACCAGGUUCACGAGGAAGGGCUUGUGCUGCUGGAAGCCUUUCCCCGCCUUGACCCACCUCCCCCCGUGACCAAGAAGCGCACUCCCCGGGCUCUCAAGACCCCCCAGGACAUGCUUAUCUCCUCCCAGCCAGUUGUGAGCAGCCUGGAUGGCACUGUGAAAGCAGCAUCUGAGCAAAGCCAAGAGUAUCUCGACCAAGCAGCCCACGUGGAGGAGUGGAAGGUGGCAUGGGAUGUGCCUCAGCCAGAGGGCAAUGCUGAGCAGAGCGACCCUGGCAGAGUAGUGCAAAAUGGGGAUGAGCCCAACCACAAUGGCUCCUUCCCUGUGCCUGAUCUCAUCUACAAGGAUAACCUGGAGGGCAAGUUGAAGGCUGCUGACAAAAUAGCAGCCUCUCCUCCCUGCCCAGAGAAACCUUCCCUCAGACUUAGCCUCGCUCCUGCCAACCACCUGCAUGAGUACCAGCCCCACGAGGACAACGGCCAGCCUGAGGCACAGACCUCUGGCCUGGAAAAUGAGGGACCCCACCCAGACCUUCUGUCCUUUGAGUAGCUGCCCUAGGGUCUGAGGGAAGCAUGCGGACUAUCCUCAGGGGGGCAGCUCAGUAGAACUGGCAGGAGCAUACUGCCCACUCUGUGGAGGGGAACCCGGGCAGCAUGGAAGGACCAGGGCACUAUGCAGGCCUGGACCCACUACUUAUCUCUUUUGGCACUAGUGGAUCCUACAUGGAGCAGAAGGAAAGACAGGAGGCCAGGGGCAGCCAUUGUGCCACUUCCUGCCUUGUGCAGUGCAACCUGCAGGCACCCUCAUCUUCAAUAUGGAGGCUUAGCUCUUGGACACCACAGGUCCCAGUGUGGCACUGUCUUUUGCACAAUGUGAUAAGCAAUUUCUGUGGACUUUAGCUCCAGGCCAAAGAUGAAGCUGCCUGCAAGCUGCUGCACUGCACAGUGAGGGGCUGCCAUUGUGUCCUGGCCAGUGUGAUUCCUAGUUAGACAUCUUUUGUGCCAGCAUCAAUGAUGUUCCCUACAGAGAUGUGGCGGGGGUUGGGGGCACUCCUUUAAUCCUUAGCACAAGACAAAAGCUGCCCUAGUAGCACCUAGCCAGGGAGUCUGAAUGCUCCCAGAAAGAGACACAUGUAGAGAGAGAUUUUUGGAUGAUUGAAUUUUCAGGGUAGAGAGGAGAGCUGGUGGCUGGGUCUGCUGCAUAUCUGUACCUCAGAGGAGCCAGGAGAGAGGGUUAAAUAAUGUAGUGGAGGGGACAGAGGUCUAGUCAUUAGAAACUACUGGUACUAGUGCUUGAACAUCUUAUGCUCUGUUUCCAUCUAUGCCACCGAUUCCUUCUAUGACCUUGGCCCUGCUCCCUGUUUUAUAAUGUACAUCACCUGGCUGGGGUGUGCUGGGACUAAAUUCUUCCGUGCCUGUACAGUCCUGGACAUUGUGAAGCAUUCCAGGUGUGCUACAUCUGUUGAUUAUGGCCUCAGUCUCCAUUGUUGUAGCUCUGUCACUGCUGUUGGUUUCCUAAUGUAAUUUUCUCUGCAGGGUGGCUGCGUGUAGUAGGAUAAUCUCAAUCCAUGCCUUGGUGAAACUCUAGAUUGUCCCUUCACACCUUUUGUCACCCUUCCCUGCCAUGCAACCUCCUGUCCUGAAGCCUGCCUUUUGUCAGGCUAAAGCUAGACUUGGGCCCCAUGUUUAGGAUAAGUCAUCACUGCAGAGUUAACUUGGGUCAUCCGCACCCAGGGACAAGCACCCAGUUGGCUAUGUUCCAAAAGUGACCAGCCACCCUACUCCAUUCCUGUGUCUUCCCUGGUGCCACACUCACCUGGCUAUCUCGCUAGGACCUGCUGCCACACUUGGCUAUCUCUCUGGGACUGAUUGGGACAUAUCCCAUGGUCCUUUGCCACGCAGGAAACCAAGUCAUUCUGUGAUUCUUUCCUAGUGGGUUUGGUCAGACAGAGAAAUGUGGGAAGUCCUUGAAGGGCACCAGUGAUUCAGCAUGGUGUCCUCACUGCAAAACCAAAGGGGAGGUGGUGAGGGGUGGGGGGAUACUAGGUGCAGAGAAAGUGGAGUGGGAGCUGUAACCCAGGCUCCCAGACCAGGCCAGCUCUGGAACUACUUUACAUUUCGGGGAGAGCCUUCACCUAAGCUUAUUCUGCAGUAAGGACAUUGCCUUUGGAGUUUCAAGUAGUAGACAUGAUUGUGAGAGAUAGUAUCUAUGCAGCAAUUCUGCUUGUCUCAUUUCAGAGCCAGCUAAGCAGGGCUCUGCAUCCUGCUUUCUGAGAACAGGCAUGGAGGAGGAGGAGGCUGAGGAGCAGGUUCACUGCAAGGACAGUGCAGCACUGUCUGGCUUUCAUUCUCAUUGUACUGAUGGAAGGGGCUCCUGAAAUGCUGUGGAUUCAGGCCUCAUUUCUUAGUUCACCUCUUACUCCACUGAUGAGCUGGUGGGGUGAACUUGUGCAGUUGUUCCGGCCCUGGCCCAGUCCUGAUGGGGUGGUUGGAUGCUAAUGUAUAUGACUUCCCCUCCUGGGACAUCCCACGGCCUCAGAACAGAGGUUCUGGAAGACAUUGGUUUAAUUUUAUUCCAGGCCUAAUGCACUGUGAUUCCCUCUGUUUUGUCCCUGGGUCUCCACUCCCCUGGGUUGGAAAGUCACCUGCAAAAAAUAUCAAGAGGCAAAACCCCAAUCUCAGAUUCUUAGCUGGUGAGAAUUGGUACAACUCCAUUGUCCUUCGGAAGGGCCACACUGAUUGCACCUGGCUGCAGCGAGAGCUGUGGCCAAACCAGUGGACGUUUCUCCUCACCACCUCACUUAGAGAUGCUCCUUGCAGUAAAGCCUUCCUGUCCAGGCCCAUUGAAAUGUCUGUGUCCACUGCUGAGCUGAUAGGAUGCGGGCAAUGACACCAAUGAAGUUAACUAUUUUGCACCAUCCAAACCCACCUCAUAGUCCUACCAAUGUAUGGAGGCCACAGCUGUCAACAGUACCAUUUGGACUCUGCAUUAACAUAUGAGGUGGAUGUGAGAAUAUUCCUGUGCCUUGAAUUCCCUUGUAAAGGGACCACCCGAGAAUGAAUCAUGCCUCUGAAAGUUGUUUUGAGUCCAGUGAAUGCUGAUCUGUGCCAUAGGAUCCUGGAUACAAAAUGGCCAUGUAUAUGUGUGUAUAUUCUGUAUAUGUCCAAUGCUAUCACACAAAUAGAAAUUAUAUAUAUAUAUAUACACAUACACUGCCUAUAUAAAACUAUGUAUGAUGUAUGCUAAUCAGAAAACAGGAGCAUGUGUAAUCUCCCCCUUUAGUGAAGCAGAGUGUUUCAGGGCACCAACAUUUUGAAAAACAGUGAUCCUAAUGUGUGCCAAAAGCCUCUAUUUAUAUUAGUUAGGUUGGAUACAGAGCUCAGAAUGAACCACGCUGAUUGCACAAUAAAGAUCCUUUACGUGUGUUGCAAGGUGGGAUUCUCUACAGAAAUGGCGCUUGUUACCUAUGCAUAACAUUGUUCCGCGGCGUAGGGCCUGUAUGAAAGGGCCACAGGCUGUCAUCUGUGAAAGCUCAUGAUUUGCUUUGCUGAGCUGAACCAUUUGGUCUCUAAGGUGCCACCCUGCCCUGGAGGACUCUGUGCAACCCCCAGGCUGGUGGGGAUCGUAGAGAGCAAUGGCUCUCAAGGCACCCCUCCAAAAACACCGACUAAUGGUUUUCGCUCGUUUUUUGUCUACUGAAAAAUACUGGAGGAAUUCUUCCGUGGCAGCGAGCCGGGAGACCGCAGCAGGGGCGAAUACUUUUAGCACAACAUAUUUCUGCUGGAGAUCUCUGCGUUUAUUUUAUGAAUCACGUUUUUAUGCAGCGCGAAUAGCGCGUGGCACCCCGCACCACCCUCACGAGGAUGUCGGGGCACCCCGGGGUGCCGCAGCCCCCUGCUUGAGACACGGCGGGUUUAUAGCGGGGCGCAGCGGAGGGCGGGGCUGUGGGCGAGGGGCGGCCGUGGAGGGCAGACACCCCGCCGGGGCUGCAGGCAAGGGGCGCACGAAGAGGGAAGUCCCCUCCCCGGAGCCCUGCGCUCGCUUCAGGCGCGGUCCGCGGCGGGGCAGCGCCGCUCGGGGGAGCCUGCUGCAGCGCGGGUCGGCGCGGCUGCGCGCGGGUAGGAGAGAGCCAGGGGCCGUCCUCUUCCCCGCGGGCCCGGC